AUGGGUGUUCCCUCCAUGCGGUCAGCCCUGCCGUGCCUCGCGCGCGCGGGGAAACUGGCAUCAGUGACGCACUCGGGUCGCGUGCCGAGCCGCAUUCCGCCUACAUCUGCGUCUAACAAGAUAUUGUCGAUAGCGUCUCAAAUUCGACAUGCGACAUGUCUCUCGUCGCUGCAUGCUAAACGUGCGCCCAUCUGCACCCCACAGUGGCCAAGCAUCUCAAAGCGAACGGCGACAACCUCGACUCCAACUCCCUCGGAAGCCGUACCGACCAAGCCAUACGCGGAACUGACCAUCGGCGUCCCCCUGGAAAUCUUCCCUGGGGAACGGCGGGUCGCAAUCACUCCACAGAAUGUCGCCCUGCUGCUGAAGAAGGGCGUCUCGCGCAUUCUGAUCCAACGCGGCGCGGGCGAAGGCGCCCAGCUGCUGGACGAUGCCUACGAAAAGGCAGGCGCGACGCUGGUCGACCGCGACGCGAUCUGGUCGCAGAGUGAUAUCGUCUUGAAAGUCCGCAGCCCGCAGUCAGAGGGUCCAUUCAAUGAAAUCCAAGCUCUUCGGCAAGGCUCCACGGUCAUCUCGUUCCUGUACCCCCUGCAGAACAAACCCCUCGUUGAAGCGCUCGCAGUUCGCGGCGUGACUGUCUUUGCAAUGGAUCGUAUUCCGCGGAUUUCUCGCGCCCAGGUUUUUGACGCUCUGAGCUCGAUGGCUAAUAUUGCGGGCUACAAGGCUGUGUUGGAGGCUUCGAAUCAUUUCGGUCGGUUCUUGACUGGUCAGGUUACGGCGGCUGGAAAGAUCCCGCCUAGUAAAGUCCUUGUGAUUGGUGCGGGCGUUGCUGGUCUGAGUGCUAUUGCUUCUGCCCGUCGCAUGGGUGCUAUCGUCCGUGGCUUUGAUACCCGUCCCGCUGUCCGGGAACAAGUUCAGUCUCUAGGGGCUGAAUUUAUUGAGGUUGAUUUCCAGGAAGAUGGUGCUGGUCAGGGUGGCUAUGCUAAGGAAAUGUCUCAGGAGUUCAUCGAUGCUGAAAUGAAGCUUUUCAUGGAGCAGGCGAAGGAAGUUGAUAUCAUUAUUACUACCGCUUUGAUCCCUGGACGACCUGCUCCGAAGCUCAUUACUAAGGAAAUGGUUGCUGCUAUGAAACCUGGUUCUGUGAUUGUGGAUCUUGCUGCUGAAGCUGGUGGUAACUGUGAGGCUACGGUUCCUGGUGAACUGAGCAACUAUAAGGAUGUUACUAUCAUAGGCUACACGGAUCUUCCUUCUCGCCUUCCGACUCAGUCUUCAACGCUCUACUCGAACAAUAUUACCAAGUACCUUUUGUCGAUGGCUCCUCAGGAAAAGUCGUUCGGUAUUGACUUCAAGGACGAAGUCAUCCGUGGUUCUAUCGUGACUCUCAACGGCGAAAUCAUCCCUCCUGCUGCUCCACCCGCCCCCCUCCAGCCCCGAAGCCCGAUGCGCAAGCAGUCGCAGCUCAAAAGGCUGAAGAAGUUGCUUUGA